CUGCCUCCCUCCCCUUCUCACUGUGUCUCUCUCAUUCUCUGGAGAAGUAGUGCUGCACACUUUCUCUGUGUGUGAAGGAAUCAAUGUGGAAAGGCAGACUCUUGCCCUGUACGUCAAAGGCAAUGCAACUUUUUGCACACUCUCUCCUGCGGUUUAUGGGUUCCUGAGAUGACAGCGGCAGCGUUUUUUGAUUGCAAAGAUCAGAGGGACAACGCUGUGAGAUGAUUGCAGCCACCAACCUCGUUGUUUUCCACUCCCUGCCUGUUUUGACUUGAAAAGACCAUGACAGAAGUCUUUCUAUCAGCUCUUUUGAAUGUUACUCAAAGCACUUUGCUGGCAAGUGGCUCAUCUACUGGGAAUGUCACAAAAUGCUCUUUGACAAAGACAGGCUUUCAAUUCUAUUACCUCCCUGCUGUGUAUAUAGUGGUCUGUAUCACAGGAUUUAUUGGUAACAGUGUGGCAAUAUGGAUGUUCAUUUUUCACAUGAAACCAUGGAGCAGUAUCUCCGUCUACAUGUUCAAUUUGGCACUUGCAGAUUUUUUAUAUGUCCUUUCCCUCCCUGCUCUCAUUUUUUACUAUUUCAAUAAAACUGACUGGAUUUUUGGGGAUGUCAUGUGCAAACUACAAAGGUUUAUAUUUCAUGUGAACCUAUAUGGAAGCAUUCUGUUCCUGACUUGUAUCAGUGUCCACAGAUACACAGGGGUAGUGCAUCCACUCAAAUCACUUGGGAGGCUAAAGAAGAAAAAUUCCAUCUACAUCAGUGCUCUCGUCUGGUUCAUUGUUAUCGCUGGUAUCUCUCCCAUCCUAUUUUUCUCUGGUACUGCAAUGAGGAAAAAUAAAACCAUUACAUGUUUUGACACAUCUUCUGAUGAUUACUUACGAAGCUACUUCAUAUACAGCAUGUGCACCACUGUCUUUGGCUUCUGCAUCCCUUUUUUACUAAUUCUCGGAUGUUAUGGAUUAAUCGUUAGAGCUUUGAUCUAUAAAGAUAUGAACAAUGCUCCCCUGAGAAAAAAAUCUAUUUAUCUGGUCAUUAUUGUCUUGACUGUCUUUGCGUGUUCUUAUCUUCCCUUUCAUGUUAUGAAGAAUCUGAAUUUGAGAGCUAGGCUGGAUUUCCAGUCUCCCGAAAUGUGCUCUUUCAACGACAGAGUAUAUGCCACCUAUCAAGUGACUAGAGGUCUUGCUAGCCUCAAUAGCUGCGUGGAUCCCAUCCUAUAUUUCUUGGCAGGAGACACCUUUCGGCGGAAGCUGUCAAGGGCAACUAGGAAAGCAUCCAGAAGAAGUGAAGCAAACGUGCAAUCAAAGAGUGAAGAGAUGACUCUCAACAUCUUAUCGGAGUACAAGCAGAACGGAGACACAAGCUUGUGAAGACUAGAAUUGGAUUGCUCCAGACACCUAACUGUUAGCACUAUGGGGAUGCAUCAUCUAAGAUUGUGGCUGUUUCUUCCGUGUAAUGAUUUUACGGGUAAAAGUCAAUUGAAAUAAUGGUUUGGAAGGGAUAGAACUAUUUAUCCGAAAGAAAGCAGAAAGUUCUAAGGCAUCUUGAUGGACAUUUGCAUUCCCACCACUGUCUGAGGAACAAAAGGGGUGUUUUCCCUCUAGGAUAAUUUUAUCUCCACAAGCUUAACAUUAUAAAUGUAUUCUUUUCCAAAUUAUUCCAGAUUUUACUGUGAAUAAGUUUUAACUACUGCUAACACGGUGAAGGAAUGUAUCUCAAAAAGUUGUAAUGUGCUGAUAUUUAAAAAAAAAAAGUAUUAAUAAUUAGGUGACUAUAUAUUUUUUUGGUGUACCUACUUUCUUUGAAGCAAUGGACAUUUGAAAUUAUUAUUUUACUGGAGAGACAUUUGAUUUGAAAAAAGAAAAAUAUAUAUAUUGUUGCAAUAUAAAUGUACUUGGAGGAAGCCACCUCAAUUCGAAAGCUUAGCUAGAGAUGUAUACUCAAUACUACUGCCCUUCUGUCAUUUAGCUAUGUCUGAUAUCAGCAAGAAAGAAAGAAAAGCAUUCAAAAUGGGGUGACCGUUAUCCAUCUAAAUUUCAAUAGAUCCACCAAGGAGAUUAUGGUUCAGAAAGAGGUUAAUGGGGUGAUGGUCAAAAAGAGGUUAUGUCCUUGGUCAUAUCAGUAGAGUGUAGAGGAAGCACUUGAGUACAUGACAACUGGAUUACCACUCUUUAGAAGAGUGUCAAUUGUCUUUGACAGUUUUAUUGCACAAAGUGGACUAUUUAAAAAAAAAAAAGCAUUUCAAAAUGUUAACAACAUUAAAGAGAUAUUUACAAAUUCUAGAAUUUGGAUUCCUAAUUCACAAGGGCUUAUUGUGGAAAAAGGUCAAUACUACCUUCGCUAGGCACUAUACUACAAUAUCUGAGGUGUACGUGGAAGACUAUGAGAAACAUGAUAUGCUGUAUGAGAUUAGUUUUUAUAGUUUUAGGCUAGGCUAGACUGUAUGCCCUCUGGAUGUGAGGCUGUAUAUACCCUUGACCUCCAGAAGAAGAGCUACCCUGGUACCACCAACUACUGAGAAACACAAUAUAUCUAGAUUGCCAGGAAUGGUUCUCAAUUCUGGGCAUCAAGACCUUAUAUUUUUUUUUAUUUAGUGCUCAGCAACUAACAGUACAAUAAUGUUCUUGAAAUGUGGCAUGAUGUACUUCUAUAUCAUGUCAAUAGAUGAUAUGAAGGGAUAAAUGUGAUUUUUAUGUUAAACGUACUGUGUAUGUUUGGAAUAUAGUACUGUAUGUGUUUAAUGCUUACGUGAAAAAUGUUUUAUUUUUGUACCAUUAUCUGUAAUUUAAUAUAGUUCAGUAAAUCUGUUUUUACCUGUGAUUAACAGUGCCAUUUAAUUGAUUUGCCUAUGGAGACAGUGUUACUUGACAUUAAAGCCUCUCUCAGG